AUGAACUCCAAGAUGGAAUUCACAGACCGGGCACAAAAGGCUGUCGAGGACGCCAUCAAUCUGGCCACACAAUACGGCCACUCGCAGGUCGUUCCUAUCCACCUGGCCGUCUCGCUGCUGGACCCACCUCCAGACGAGUCCAAGGACCAGCAGAACGGCCCCAAGGGCACGACCACAUUUCUCCGGCAGGUGAUUGAACGGGCACACGGAGACCCACAGCUGUUUGACCGGGCACUCAAGAAGAAUCUGGUGCGGCUGCCGAGCCAAGACCCGCCGCCGGACCAGGUGUCGUUCUCGCCGUCGCUCAGCACGGUUUUGCGCAAGGCGGCGGAGCUGCAGAAGAUCCAGAAAGACACAUACGUGGCGGUCGACCACCUGAUCUCGGCGCUGUCGGAAGACCCGACGGUGCAGGUCAGCCUGAAGGACUCCAACAUCCCGAAGCCGAAGCUGGUGCAGGACGCCGUGCAGGCGAUCCGUGGCACGCGGCGGGUGGACUCCAAGACGGCGGACACGGAGGCCGAGAACGAGAACCUGACCAAGUUCACCAUCGACAUGACGGCGAUGGCGCGCGAGGGCAAGAUUGAUCCGGUGAUCGGACGAGAGGAGGAGAUCCGGCGGCCAGGCGUGGGCAAGACGACGGUGGUGGAGGGCCUGGCACAGCGCAUCGUCAACGCGGACGUGCCGGACAACCUGGCAGCCUGCAAGCUGCUCUCGUUGGAUGUGGGCGCGCUGGUGGCCGGCAGCAAGUAUCGCGGUGAGUUUGAGGAGCGGAUGAAGGGCGUGCUCAAGGAGAUUACCGAGUCUAAGGAAAUGAUCGUGCUGUUCGUCGACGAGAUUCACCUGCUGAUGGGUGCUGGCUCGUCGGGCGAGGGCGGCAUGGACGCAGCCAACCUGCUGAAGCCGAUGCUGGCACGCGGACAGCUGCACUGCAUCGGUGCGACGACGCUGGCCGAGUACCGCAAGUACAUUGAGAAGGAUGCCGCGUUCGAGCGACGGUUCCAGCAGGUGAUUGUCAAGGAGCCGACGAUUCCGGAGACGGUAUCGAUCCUGCGCGGCCUCAAGGAGAAGUACGAGGUGCACCACGGUGUCAGCAUCACGGACAGCGCGCUGGUGUCGGCGGCGAAUCUGGCCGCACGUUACCUCACAUCGCGACGGCUGCCCGACUCGGCCGUGGACUUGGUGGACGAGGCGGCAGCAGCAGUGCGGGUGGCACGGGAGUCGCAGCCGGAGAUUAUCGACUCGCUCGAACGACGGCUGCAACAGCUCAAGAUCGAGAUUCACGCGCUGUCACGCGAAAAGGACGAUGCAUCCAAGUCGCGGCUGGUGCUGGCGAAACAGGACGCGAGCAACGUGGAGGAAGAGCUGCGGCCGCUGCGCGAAAAGUACGACAGCGAGCGGAAGCGCGGCAAAGACAUCCAGGAGGCCAAGGUGAAGCUGGAUCAGCUCAAGGUCAAGAUGGAAGAUGCGGCACGGGUAGGCGACACCGGACGGGCGGCCGACCUCAAGUUCUACGCCAUCCCGGAGCAGGAGGCGAUCAUCAAGAAGCUGGAGCAGGAAAAGACAGCUGCCGACGCAGCACUCAGCAGCACGUCAGCCGAUGCGGGCGGCUCAAUGGUCACAGACGUGGUCGGACCCGACCAGAUCAACGAGAUCGUGGCUCGGUGGACAGGCAUCCCAGUCACACGACUUAAGACGUCGGAGAAGGAGAAGCUGCUGCACAUGGAGCGGGCGCUAGGCAAGAUCGUGGUGGGCCAGCGUGAGGCAGUGCAGUCGGUCUCGAACGCGAUCCGGCUGCAGCGAUCGGGGCUGUCAAACCCGAACCAGCCGCCGAGCUUCCUGUUCUGCGGGCCGUCGGGCACGGGCAAGACGCUGCUGACCAAGGCGCUGGCCGAGUUUCUGUUUGACGACGCGCGGGCGAUGAUCCGGUUCGACAUGAGCGAGUACCAGGAACGACACUCGCUGAGCCGCAUGAUCGGCGCACCUCCGGGUUACGUGGGCCACGAUGCGGGCGGCCAGCUGACGGAGGCGCUGCGGCGGCGACCCUUUUCAAUCCUGCUGUUCGACGAGGUCGAGAAGGCGGCCAAGGAGGUGUUGACGGUGCUGCUGCAGCUGAUGGACGACGGGCGCAUCACGGACGGUCAGGGCCGCAUGGUGGACGCCAAGAACUGCAUCGUGGUGAUGACGUCGAACCUGGGUGCUGAGUUUCUGGCCCGGCCGGCGGGCAAGGAUGGCAAGAUUGAUCCGACGACGCGCGAGCUGGUCAUGACGGCGCUGCGCAACUAUUUCCUGCCCGAGUUCCUCAACCGGAUCUCGUCGACCGUGAUCUUCAACCGGCUGACGCGGCGGGAGAUCCGCAAGAUUGUCGACCUGCGCGUGAGCGAGAUCCAGAAGCGGCUGCACGACAACGACCGGCACGUUGAGAUUGUGGUGUCGGACGAGGCCAAGGAUUACCUCGGCAGCGCCGGCUACUCGCCAGCGUACGGCGCGCGGCCGCUGGCCCGGCUGAUCGAGAAGGAGGUGCUCAACCGGCUGGCCAUUCUGAUUUUGCGCGGCAGCAUCCGCGACGGCGAGACGGCACACGUGGAGCUGUCGGACAACAAGAUUGUGGUCGUGGGCAACCACCGGGACAGCGAGCUGGAGUCGGACGCGGACUCGAUGUUGAUGGACGACGACGAAGCGGCCGAAGAGGUGGUGGGCGAGAACAUGGACGAGGACGACGAUCUGUUUGAUUAG